CCUGUGUACAAGCAUUACUUUUUGACCUGGUUUUGGCUUUUGAGUAAGGGAUCUAUGUUCCUGUUCCACUUUAUGAAUGUCAUCAAGGUCAUCUCCAAAAACUUCUGUGAAGAAUCUGGAAAUUAAGACCGUCAUUUUGUUUACCUCGCACUAAUCUUGGUCCGCUGUGAUGUCCACAGAAUGUGAAGUAAGGAGCUGUCUUUCUCCAAAUGUCCAUUAUCUUGUUUGCAAACUGGGGCUGGAAGAAGAAGAAAAAAACCUAGAUAUUGAAAGUAUUUUACUCAAUACUGGAGUGGUUUGCUGGAAAACCAUUACUGUUUGUAUUAAAUUCAUUGAAUCAGAAAAUCGCAUAAUAGACUAUGUGGAAAGUAUAAGGUGUUUAGGGCCCGUUUGUAAAACUGUUCACACAUAUAUGAAAUCAAUGACUCCAGAUUGUUUUGACAAAGAGUAUGGAAUUUGGUUCAAUUGGACCAACAGGAAAGAGGUAUUUCUGGAAGUUUUUUCUUUUCUGUCCUCUUCAGAGACAAGUCCUGCUUUAUGCUUAAUGAAGUUAACAUCAACCCUUGAAAGAGCUUUGGGUGAUGUGCAUGUUAUGAUGAACAAUGAAUGCCCUUUCUUGCUAAAAACUCUUCUUCUUUCGAAAGAAUUAUCACAUGUUUUUGGAGCUGCAGUGAUGGAUGUGCUACGUGUAUUCAUGGGAUCUCCUAAAAGUCUGAAUCUAAGAAAUUUACUUUGGCAUGGUUUUGCUUCACCUCAGGAAAUUCCCUCUAUGUACUGUUCUAUGUUGCUGUUGAUGGUAGUUGGACUUGGACAGAUAUUUCAGAAUUAUAAGUACAGAACUGAUUGUAUUUUGGUUCACCGAAAUAUGUUUAGUUUUAGUCAGUGGGAUCAGCUUUUUAUUUUUCCAGUCUUGUGUGAAGAAGCUCUAUCUUUGGCUGAAGGUUUGAUUAAAAAAUCUGAUUUUGUACUCUCUAUCAUGUUGCCUUAUUGGCAAGCUGGGAUUACAGCUUACAGAGAAGAAAGAUAUGCAGACUCAUUGAUGUUCAUACUGCCUCAAAUGGAAUGUAGCCUUAGAUGUGUUUAUACCAGAGCAAAUAACUGCCCACACCGGCUUCAAACUGCUGAGUCUGAAGAAUUUUAUACAACAUUAGAUGAGAUACUAGCCAAAAAUGUGAAAAGGACAGAGAUAAAUGCACUUCCUACAAUGCUUGGUGAGCCAAUAAUGGAACUGUUGUGGGACCUGUUGAACAAUCCAGAGGGACCUCGUAUCAGGGAUCAUCUCAGCCACGGGGAGGUUGAUUUAACGUCAUUUCCCAGAGUAAUAGCAAAUGAAAUUCUGGCAUCAUCCCUAGUUUUGCUCUACAAGUUUAUUGGUAAACCCUGUAAAGAACUUGAGGAAAAUGAAAUAAUGGGUAAAAUUGUGAGUUCUGCUGAAACUUACAGCUCUCAGUUUCAUCCAAUCGGAAAACUCAGAAAUCAGGUGCUGAAAUGCAUUAAACAACUGCAGGAUCAUAAUGAUUUACCUAGGCCGCCACAAGAUCAAAUUGAAAGAAAUCCAAGAUUUCAGUCUUCUGAACUUCAACUGCAUACUAAAGAUACUACAUUGAAGAGAAUUAUUUUUUGCAUACAAAAGCAUUUUCCUGAGGAACACAGAGAUGCACUGAUUGUGGAGGAAUAUAUUCAGGACAAUUCCAAAUUGUUUCAUCUUCCUGAACUUUGGAAUCAUCAUAUAAGUACUUUAUAUUGUCCACGUGCUGUGUUGGAAGUUGUGUCGUUGCUGAGGAAAAUUGUGUCUCAAUGUUCCAAAGUCACUGAACAGGUUGUUUACAGCUCAGAAUCUCGAUACACUGAGUGGAUGAACAAAUCAUUACGAUCACGUCAAAGAAUAACCUACAUCCACUUGCUAAACAGCACACAGUAUAUUACACCAGCAAUGAGGUUACUUUUACUAAUUUGUACUGUGUACAUUUUUAAUGUUUAUAAUUUAUGUGCGCAACAACAAAUGCAAGACCACUUAAAGUUUCUUAAACUGAGUUUGCAGUUUGCUGAAAAUCUAGUAACAUUCACCAAUUCUGAGAAAAAUAAAUGGUCCGAAAGUAUUAAUUUAAUAGAUAAGUACUUCGAUAAAGUGGAAUUGUUUUUCAAAGCCAUAAAUUUUAAAGAAGACAAAUUAUAAUGAUGUUCUUGUUUAUAUAAAAAAAAAAGUUUUAUCACAAAAAUCUUAAGAAAUCGGGCAAUCAUAAAGGAAUAUGUGAAAAAAAUGGACCUUCUUCAGAGAGUAAUAAAGAAAAAGUGUGCCAUAAAGUAGAAAGGGAUCCUUCUUCUUUAUUUGCAUUCACAAGCAAAAGGGUUAAUAUUUUUAUUUUACCUGGAAGUGCACCGCAUAUAUCCUUUAAUAGAGCAGAAAUACUUUUUAACUUUUUUGAAUUUGCAAAAUAGUGAAAUGUUCUAUUGUGAAUGGCUUAUAUAUUUUAUUUUUACCUUUUACCUCUUGUUAUCCUGAAGCACUUACAAAUAAACUCAAUAUUUUGUGCAGAAAUAUAUACACAACUGUUU